UCAUCGCGUGGCAGCAGCGACUGAAUGUAAUGGAGGUGGAUCGUAUCUUCGUCUGUAAAAUGGCUUUAGGAGGGAGGACACUUUGUAUAUUUUGAGUGACUGAUUUGGAAUAUCGACAUUAUUUCUAAUUUUCACCACGUGUUAUCAUUGUGAUCAACGUACUUCCAAAUGUAACCAAUGUAACAAUGAUAGAACAACACGUUAACACACGGUUUGAUGUACACAGACGGGAUCUCUCUGAAAAUACAAUUGUCGAUAGUAUAGCCAGCAUACUACUAGACCCUUCUCUUCUUAUCAGUGGAAUUAACCAGUCAACACGAUGGGAUAUAUAAAGAAACGACUUAUUAUUUAUGUGUUCUGCAUUGCUACUACUACUACCAUCCUUACUACCAUCUACCAUAACAUAUUUUCUACGUCUUAUCAAGUAGAAAAAGUAACCAAAGGAAGAUUACCACCAAGAGCUGUUUUUUCAAAUGGGAAAAACAGAAAUGUCAGCGCUGUUGGAUAUAAUGUCACGGCACAAACUAUGCCUCCCGAAAAUAAACUAAAUCCGGCUCCUUUGCGCGGAUGGAUGAAAACUGUACACUGGGAACCAGGAGCUGAGCUGGAUAUAUAUGACUUUUUAAUCAAUCCUGUCGAUAAGUGCAAUGCUGGAAAAGGUAAUAUCACAUUACUUGUCUUAGUCAAAUCAGCACCAGGUCAUACUGCACGCAGGAAUGCCGCCAGACAGACGUAUUUCAGUGGGGCCGUAAAAUAUAAUGUAUCCACGAGGUUGCUUUUUAUCGUGGGGGAUUCCGAAGCACGAGACGAGAGAGAAAACAUCCAGGAAGAGGCCCGAAGACAUGGAGAUAUCCUGAAGGUGGGCUUCCACGAUAGUUAUUACAAUCUCACCGUCAAGCUCGUCAUGGGAUUUAAAUGGGCCUUACAAUUUUGCAAUAACAGUGAAUUCUUGAUGUCAAUGGAUGACGAUGUCAUGGUCGAUAUCGUGACCCUGGUCAACGACCUCCACGCUUUACCCCCGAACGAUCACUCUCAAUUCGUGCUGGGAUCUAAGGGAUGGGAGUUAAGUCCACAUCGUAACGUAAAAAGUAAAUGGUACAUACCAGAGGACAUCUACCCUGGCAAGACGUGGCCUCCAUUUCCAUUCGGGCAUGGGUAUGUUAUGUCACAUCAAGUAGUCGAAAGACUGUAUCUGAUAUCCAGAGAAUUUCCAGCGAGAAUACCGUUUGAUGAUGUUUAUUGCGGUAUACUCUUGGACAAGUUAAGCAUCAGAAUCAUCCACCGACGUAGAUGGUUUAAAAAUCGCCACCCGCAAAAAAGAGAGCUGGAUUAUUUAAAGAUUGAGCUAUCAACGCAACAAAUGGAAAGAGCUUGGAAAAGUUUUGAAGGAGACUUUGAAAACUAGAAUUUUCGUCCCCGUCUUAUUCCAUGGACCCACAUGCUUAUACAGAGUUGUAAUUGAUCCGAAUCAGUCCCAAUUUUGCAGUACGUCUCGUUGCCAUUGAUAUUGUUAGAAUAUAGAUUUUAGAAUAAAAUAAAA